AUGGCUUCGCGAAAGAAAGUCCUACUCAAAAUGAUCCUCUUGGGUGAUUCAACAGUGGGUAAAACAGCACUGAUGUAUCGAUUCGUCAAUCGCCGACAAUACAAAGCCACGAUUGGUGUCGAUUUUCUGACCAAAGAACUGCAAAUUGAUGAUCGUCUGGUGACAAUGCAAAUCUGGGAUACCUGUGGUCGAGAACGUUUUAAAAGCUUGGACGCGCCAUACUAUCGUGGUGCUGAUGGUUGUGUUCUUGUGAUGGAUGUCACCUGGCCGACCUCGUUCAAGUCACUAGAGGAUUGGAAAGAGAAAUUCCUCAUUGAAGGUGAUCCACGUGAACCAGAACAUUUUCCCUUCGUGGUUCUUGGCAAUAAGGUUGAUCUGGAAAAUCGCAUGGUUCAAACAUGUGAAGCACAGCGUUGGUGCGAAGAAAACAAUAAAAUUCCAUAUUUUGAAACAUCGGCCAAAGAAGGUGUCAACGUGGAAAAAGCCUUCGAAACGAUCGCACGCAAUGCUCUUGCUCGGCAAAAAGAAAUUGAUCAGCAAACGGAUUUCCCCAUACCCAUUCAUAUUCCUCAGCAAGAAGAACAGGCAAAGAAAGAGGGAUGCCUCUGUUAA